CUGUUAGUGGUUAAUCCCAGAAAUGGAAAAUGGCGAGUAUUUGUCGAUGGACUUCAUUUCGCAAACGGAGUCCAGUUACAUCGUGACGGUCAAUCGGUCUUAGUUGCUGAAACCACCCGAGGCCGGGUGGUUCGAAUUCCCCUGGAUGGCAAAACUCCGAGCACUGUUUUUGCAGAUGGUCUUCCUGGCUUUCCCGAUAACAUUCGUCUGAGCCCGCGCGGUGGCUAUUGGAUUCCGGUGAACAAUGUUCGCAACGGCUCACUGUUCUCCUGGAUGAUGGAGUUUUCACCGCAAUGGCCAAUUAUUCGACGAAUUGCGCACAGAAUCACUUCUCUGGUUCCAUGGUUCGAGUUCGAAAAGUCAAAAACAUCCAUGUUACUCCGUGUGGAUGAAGAGGGUCGGACAAUCGAAGUGUGGCACGACCCGAAAAACCGCGUAUCCAAUGUGGCGGAAGUGUGCGAAGCAGAUGGACAUCUGUACACCGGUUCCUAUUACCUGCCCUAUAUAGGAAAAGCAAAAAUAUGA